AAUCAAUCCAUUAUAUCAUAGAAGAAGAGGAGUCCAUGUUGAAUAAGACUUUUGCAUCUGAUACAAGACAUUGUCAAACAUUACUAGAGCAUUUUGACUGUCGAAGUCGGGGGUUGUUUUACCCCCAGAAGGUCACCUUCCUAGCUAGCUAGCUACUACUGGACGGGUAACGUUAUCCAGCCAGUGAUAUGGAAGUUGGGGACAGACAAAAAGUUUCAGCGAAAGUUAGCAUGCUGUCUAAGUAGCUUAGCAAGUGUUUUAUUCCCCCCCUUCAUUUCAGUGAGUGUUGUUCGUCUGUAAAUACCUCUCGUAUGAGUAUAUGGAUAUAAUAUAUAGCUAGAUGUCAACGUUACCGCUAUGUUAUUAGAGAGCACGUUUCGUCUCUAUCACGGCUUUCUAGCUUUCCUGGUUGUUAACCGAAGUAACCUAGCUAGCUAAGGUUAGCGAGCAGUAGCACUGCGUAUGCGAUGGCUUGUCUCGGCAUUUCUGUGUCGCUUGAAAGAGGUUGGUUCAUAGUUGCUUUAACUGGCUAAGUGAAUGUUAUAGUUGAUUGCAUUUUUGUUAUGCUUGCAACGUUAAUGUAAAAUCGCCAACUAUAAUUGAAUAGGCAGCAAGAAGCACUUUGUUUAAAAGUUAUAAAAAGGUUGUAGUUAUACAGAAGAGAGGUCAUCGUGGGAUUAACGUUAACAGGUGUUUCAGUUGGGAGAGAUCAGCUGUAUUUGGCUUUAUUAAAGCCGCUUGCUAACCAGCCUUCACAAUGUUGGUAAUGUAUGAAAAGCUUCCCGAGCAACUCAAGAAAACCUCCCAUGCCAGAAAAGCAGUUAUCCUUCUCGUCGCUGCCUAUGGAAUCAAGAAACUCUACCCCUACUUAUGGGCUAAACUCAGGAAGAAUGUCGGGGGUACACCGCUCCCAGUCCCCCCCAUAAGCUCUAACGGGGUGCUACUGGAGGGGUCAGAGAAACGAGGAAAGAAGAAAAGUAGUAACUCGCCGGCUGUGAACCAGGAGUUUCUGAAGAGGCUAAGUCACCUGCUUCGUGUCCUGUUUCCCCAGCUGUUCUGUAAGGAGUUGGGUCUGCUGGGGUUCCACUCCCUGGCUCUCAUCUCCAGAACCUUCCUCUCCAUCUACGUGGCCAACCUGGACGGCAUGAUAGUGAAGACCAUUGUGAAGAAGGACCCCCAGGCGUUUAUGUGGGAGUUGACAAAAUGGCUGCUCAUUGCUGUCCCGGCCACCUUUGUGAACAGCGCUAUCCGUUACCUAGAGGGACAGCUGGCACUGGCCUUCCGCACGCGCUUGGUAACCCACGCCUAUAAGCUCUACUUCAGCAACCAAACAUACUACCGCGUCAGCAACAUGGACGGACGCCUCGCCAACCCGGACCAGUCUCUGACAGAAGACAUGGUGAUGUUUGCUGGAUCUGUGGCCCAUCUGUACUCCAACCUGACCAAGCCGUGUCUGGACGUGGUGGUGACCUGUUAUACCCUCCUCAGGACAGCGGAGUCGAAAGGAGCCAACACCACCUGGCCCUCCGUCAUCGCCGGCGUGGUCGUGGCAAUCACCGCCAAGGUCCUGAGGAUGUUCUCGCCGCGGUUCGGUAAGCUAGUGGUGGAAGAAGCCCGGAGGAAAGGAGAGUUGAGGUACAUGCACUCGCGCAUCAUCGCCAACUCGGAGGAGAUCGCCUUCUACGGAGGACACAAGGUGGAGAUGUCUCAGCUGCAGCGGUCCUACCGCUCCUUGUCGUCCCAGAUCAACCUGAUCCUGUUUAAGCGUCUGUGGUACGUGAUGCUAGAGCAGUUCCUGAUGAAAUACCUGUGGAGUGCCUCGGGACUCGUCAUGGUGGCUGUACCAAUCAUCACCGCCACAGGGUACUCCAGAUAUGACUCCGAGGAUGUGAAGCAGUUGGCCAUGAAUUUGAAAGAGGAGGACCUAGUGAGUGAGAGGGCUCAAGCCUUCUCCACCGCUCGGAACCUCCUCAACUCCGCCGCAGACGCCGUCGAGAGAAUCAUGAGCUCUUAUAAGGAGGUGACUGAGCUGGCUGGCUACACAGCCCGUGUGCACGAGAUGUUCACUGUGUUCGAGGACGUGCGUGCGGGCGUGUUCCGUCGCUCUGCGGAGGGAGGAGAUGAGCAGACGGGGGGAGGAACACAGCUGGUGCAGCACGGCAUGAGGGUGGAGGGACCAAUCAUGAUACGAGGUCAGGUGAUAGACGUGGAGAAGGGCAUCAGCUGUGAGAACCUUCCCAUCAUCACACCGACAGGAGACGUUGUCGUGUCCAGCCUCAACAUCAAGGUGGAGGAAGGAAUGCAUCUGUUGAUAACAGGACCUAACGGCUGUGGGAAGAGUUCUCUGUUCAGGAUCCUCAGUGGGCUGUGGCCAGUCUAUGGAGGGGUGCUUUACAAACCACCUCCCCAAAACAUGUUCUACAUACCUCAGAGGCCGUACAUGUCAGUGGGAACCCUGCGAGACCAGUUGAUCUACCCAGACACCGAGACCGAGAUGGAGGAGAGAGGAUUCACGGACCAGCAGCUAGAGGGGAUCCUCGGAACCGUCAACCUGGUCUACAUACUGGAGAGGGAAGGCGGGUGGAGUGCAGAAAGCGACUGGAAGGAUGUGUUGUCAGGAGGAGAGAAACAGAGGAUUGGGAUGGCACGGAUGUUCUACCACAGGCCUAAGUAUGCCCUGCUAGACGAGUGCACCAGUGCUGUCAGCAUCGACGUGGAGGGGAAGAUCUUCCAGGCAGCAAAGGAUGCUGGGAUAGCACUGUUGUCGAUAACCCAUCGACCCUCCCUCUGGAAGUACCACACCCACCUGCUUCAGUUCGACGGAGAGGGUGGCUGGCGCUUCGAGAGGCUGGACGCCUCCACACGUGUCUCUCUCCAGGAUGAGAAACAGAAGCUGGAGUCCCAGCUCUCUGGGAUACCCAAGAUGCAACAGCGCCUGUCGGAUCUCUGCCGCAUGCUGGGGGAGGACGCCACCCUGUCAGGAACCGGAAGAGAGGAAGCGGGGGAGGAGGAGAAGGAAGCAGGGGAGGAGGAGAAGCAGGAGAAGGAAGCAGGGGAGGAGGAGAAACUGGAGGAGAAGGAAGAGUGACGAACAAGGACAAUCGAAGGAUGAUCACCGGAUGGGAAUGAAAGAACUUUUGGCCCUGUCCAGAAACAACCCCCUGGGGCAUUUGUUCCCUUAGGAGUACAGCUCCACCUUGCCUAUUGUUCCUAAUAGGUCCAGUCCUUUCAGAUCCUCUGGGGUGCUCAGGACAUAGUGUCUAGGUCCUAGAGGCUGGAUCUUCUAGUGUAUAAUGAGGUUCUGGACUUCCAACCACUCAGAUGUGGCUGUUAGUCAACUGCUGCUCAGUUUUCUUUUCCACUAUCAGCAGUAUGGGAGGGGGAGGAGUUUCUAGGGGAGAG